AUGGAUCAACUCACGCAACAUCUUCACAUGAAUGAGGGCAUUGCAGAAACUAGUUACGCUUCUAACUCACCAGCUCAGAAGAAAUAUAUAUUCAAAACAAAGGCAGUAGUAGAGGAAGCAAUACUAGACGUAUUAUCGAAGUGUUAUAGUAGUACCAUGGCUGCAACUGAGAAGCUGAAGACUAUAUGCAUCGCGGAUUUAGGCUGUUCAUCUGGACCCAAUGCAUUGUUGGUCGUUUCUUAUCUGUUGGACACUAUUCAUGAGAAAUGUCGCGAAUCUGACAGCGUUAUGCCAAAGAUCCUAGUGUUUCUUAAUGAUCUUCCCAGGAAUGACUUUAAUACACUUUUCAAGUACGUAGAAAGUUUUCAUGACGAACUAAGAAAAACCAAAGAAGAUGCAUCCGGAAAAUGUUUUGUUGCUGGAAUUCCCGGCACAUUUUAUCGUAGGCUUUUUCCUAGUGACUCUAUUCACGUUGUUCAUUCUUCCUACAGUGUCCACUGGUUAUCUCAGGUUCCUACAGGGAAUGAUAAGAGUAAUAAGGGGAACCUUUACAUUGCAAAAUCAACUCCCCCAUAUAUCAUUGAAGCAUAUUUAAAGCAAUUCAAGAAAGACUUUAUGGCUUUUUUGAAGUGUCGUUCGGAGGAAUUAGUCAAGGGUGGUCGAAUGGUGUUAACACUCGUGGGCAGAAGAAGUUUAGAUCCUACCAGUAAAGAGUGUUGCUCUUUAUGGGAGUUAUUAGCCAUGGCACUCAACGACAUGGUUCUAGAGGGAAUGGUUGAAGAAGAGAAAUUAGAUUUAUUUAACUUUCCAAUCUAUUAUCCGUCCCUUGAAGAAGUGAAAUCUGUCAUUCAGAGUGAAGGUUCAUUCAGUGGUAAUCAACUAGAGACAUUUCAAGUGAAUUGGGAUGGUAGUGAUUCGAGUGAAGCUGGACGUUCAGGGACAGACAAGUCCAGAAGUAGCUAUCUCAUAGCUAACAGCAUCAGAGCCGUGUCGGAACCUUUACUUGCGAGUCACUUCGGAGAGGAGAUAAUCAACGAAUUGUUCAGUAGGUUCAGAGAGAUAGUUGCAAACUACGCAGCCAAAGAGAAAACCGAUUACACUAACCUAGUUAUCUCCGUGACCAAGAGUUAA